ACUAGUUCAAAUAGUUAGGGCGACAUAAUAGAAAUUCAACGAGAGGUCGAGAGAAAUUUGAAAAAGGGAGUUGCUAAUUGUCACCCUAGCUUAAUGAUAAUUGCGUAAUUUACAAAUUGUUAUUACCCUUUUAUCCUUUUUAUUUUUUAUUGUUAAAUAUAUUUUAUUCUAAUAAACAAAACCUCGUCCAAACAAUUUGACAUUAAUUACGAUUUCGAUUUCAAACACCGCCGACCUUGACCCGCCGACAGUCCAUGUCAAUUGAAUGGGAUCUAAACCUGCUUAAUUAUCAGGACAAAUACCCCCUCUUUAUUUUGAGCACAUAGAUUAUAUAUAUAGUUAUCCCAAACAAAAGCCGACUGGGGGAGCAGUGACGACGCGUCAGGACAGAGAAGGAACGGCCGGAGGAGGAGUCUGACAGUCAUCUGGAACAAAGUCGCCGACAGGGGAGUAGGGAAGACGUCGAUCAGGACAGAGAAGUACUUGCUGGGAGUCCGGCAGCGUUAGGACAAAGGAUGGUCAAUUGGAGCCCUCUUAGUCGGCGGCAGAAGGACUUAUGGACUACAGUUUUUCUGCGAUAGAAAUGGUUUGGAGUGAAGUGCAUUUUUCUUGGCGGCGAAGGUGGUUUGGAUGGCGGCUCUCGUUAGAAGAAGAGGAAUGAGAUUAGAUGCUAACCCCUUAAGGGUCUAGCACCAUACUAACUGACCUAAUAGCUUUUAAAUCAAAAUAAUAAUCUUAGAGUUAGAAUUAAUUAGAGGAUAUUAUAUUAAUAUUAUUCCAAAUCCUAAUAUAUAAACCCUCCUAUCACUUCCCCACUAACGACCGCCUCUCCUCUUUCCCCUCAUCUUUCUACACAAACCAUCUCUCCUCUUUCCCCUCUGUCUACACGAAUAUGAUCCAUCAUGGAGGUAAGCGGCGACGCUGGAGGAAUGGUAUGCCGGAGGUGAACGGCUAUUUGCCGCCAAUCAAAUUGCUAUUUGCCGCCAACUAAAAAAAAAAAAAAAGAAUUCAAAAUUUGAAUUUUCUAUUCCUUCCCAGUGCCUCCGUCGCCGGUAAAAAAAAAAAAUUUAAAUUUUGAAUUUUCCCUUCCUUCCCAGUGCCUCCGUCGCCGGCACCGUUCUUCCGUCGUCGGCUAACCUCCCGUCGCCCUCAAUCGUCGGAAAACAAGUAAGUUUACUUUUUCCGGCCAGUUUUCCAGUUUUCCGGUAAGUUUUCCAGUUUUCCGGCGAAAAACACGGCGGGCCGAAAAAAAAUUGCGGCCCGAACGUCGCCGAGCCGAAAAAAAUUUGUUGCCGGGACGACGGCCGGCCGAAAAAUUCUUUAGGCCCGGCGACGCCACGGCCGCAAAUUUUUUUCGGCUGGUCGCCGAACACGCCGGCCAAAAAUUUUCCGGCGGCGUGUUCGUCGGCCGGCCGAAAAAAAUUUGCGGCCGGAGCGACGUCGGGCCGAAAGAAUUUUUUUCGGCCGGUCGCCGAACACGCCGGCCAAAAAUUUUCCGGCGGCGUGUUCGUCGGCCGGCCGAAAAAAAUAUGCGGCCGUGGCGUCGCCGGGCCGAAAGAAUUUUUCGGCCGGCCGUCGUCCCGGCCACAAAUUUUUUUCGGCUCGGCGACGUUCGGGCCGCAAUUUUUUUUCGGCCCGCCGUGUUUUUCGCUGGAAAACUGGCCGGAAAAAGUAAACUUACUUGUUUUCCGACGAUUGAGGGCGACGGGAGGUUAGCCGACGACGGAAGAACGGUGCCGGCGACCGACGAUUGACUUGCCUCGCGCCCGAUCUUCGUCCAAUCGACCCCGAACUCGCUAGAAAUCCAUAAUCAAAUUCAUAAGUUCAUAAUGACACUAGGGUCAUUAAAAAUACAACUAGAAAAACAACAACAUAUAAAUAGAGCAUUGCAACACGACACACGAUUUACGUAGUUCACUAACACGAAGUAUUUAUAGUACUUCUCCAUGUGGGUCAGCGAGACCCCCGAUUACCAGUCGUAGCGGCUGAUAGUCCGAUUCAAGUCACAUCAACAAAGGGUUUAGGGUUCAGGGUUUAAGGUUCAGGGUUCACUUAGGGUUUAGGGUUUGAAACACAUGGUUCGUGUAGCACUUUGCCCACAUUGUCUGAUGGUUAGUGAUGAUUCAUGGAUGCGUGUACGCAUUAUAUGUCGAGGAUAGGCUUUCCCGAUGAUUUUCCGACGACUUUUCCGGAGAGCGUUGAAUUUUUCUGAUUCAAUACGUUCUCUGAAAGUUGGAUAUGUUGUAGAUUGUGAAACUCCUUAACCAAAGAUGUAUAUAUAUACAUUUUUUUUCAUCGAUGAUUUUCCGGCGACUUUUCCGACGACUUUUCCGGCGAGCGUUGAAUUUUUCUGAUUAAAUACGUUCUCUGAAAGUUGGAUAUGUUGUAGAUUGUGAAACUCCUUAACCAAAGAUGCAUAUAUAUACUUUUUUUUUUUGGUUGGCGGCAAAUAGCAAUUUGGUUGGCGGCAAAUAGCAAGCCCGGAGAUGUCGAUAGAGGAGGUAGGCAACAACGUGAAAAGAAUGGUAGUCGGAGAUGGUGAUCGAGGAGGCUGGCGACAACAACAUCACUGUCUCUUCCUCCAUUGUCUACACCUUCGUCAGUGUAAAGAAAGGUAGAUUUCAGAUAUGCCUUCUCCAAUGCUCGUCGAUGUCCCUGUACAACAGAUUUGGGGUCAUCGUCGAUCAAAUCCGAACGGCUAUGUCAGGAGCAACAUAAUGGAUCAGCGAGGCUGGUUGGCUAGAAGUGACGAACGAGUACAGAUCUAAUAGUGUUUUCUUCUUAGGGAUUGUAUAGUAGAUCUGAAUUGGGGUAGGAAAACUAGUGGUGCUUUUUUUCUUAAAUUUCUUCCUUAGUAGUGUUUCCCUCCAAUAAUUGUGCAGUAGUGGUUUUCUUUCGAGUUAACGUGAUUGAACAAUAAUAUUAGUAGUGAUUGUAUAGUAGCAUCUUGUAAUAGUGGUUUCCAUUAUCCAGUAGUGAUUUUACUAAAAGUCGGCGACGGCUACCACUUAAUAAUCGGUAAAACACUACUAAUUAAAUUAAAAUAACUAGUAGUACUUAUAUAAAAAACACUACUAUAAGCCACCAAAAUAACUGCUUAAAAAUCAAGUAAAACACUACUAACUAGAUUAAAAUAACUACUAUACUUGUAUUAAAACACUACUCUAAGACAUCAUAAUUGCUUGCUACUAUGUUCUGAUUGUAUUUUUCUAGUACUAUUUUCACGUAAAAAAAUCUCUAUAAGAGAGAAGAAAAUUAUUUUAAAAUUUAAUUUAUUGAUUAGAUUUAAUUUCACAAAGUAUCGUAUAUACCUUUCAUUAAUUCCCAUCAUCAGAGUUACUUAAAAUUAAUGAACGGUGAUUAGAAUGUUAGUACGGUGCUAACCCGGGAUGGGAUGGCCUGCUAACCCCCUAAAGGGUUAGUACGGUGCUAAUUAUAUUAUCUGCCGUUAAUAAAAUUUUAAAAAUCCU